AUGGCAUCCGACCCUCUCGCCCUCUUACGGCAAAGCAUCGCCGACAGCCGGCCAGUAGAGCUCCUCACUGCGUCCAGCGAGCCAACGACUACACUCACCGACGCGGCGUCUCUCCGCUUCUCGCAGUCGUCUGGCGAGCCAGUCGUCGUCCCAAAGGAGGCGGCGACGCGGUAUGCACGCUCAGACGCACGCACCGAGUUCUACUCUGUAGGACAGCUGUGGGUCGUGUGGGAUAAGCGCGAUGCGUCCCUCAAAGACUUUAUGCAGAGCUUUACGGCGCUGGGCGUGGGCAAUGUGCCGAUCGCGGACCGUCGUGCCGUGCAGUCGUACCUGGCGGGCGAGAGCGAUGGGGGCGCACGUGUAGGAGAGGGAAAGGCACCUGUGCCAGAAGCUGGUCCUAGCCGGCCAGUAGCGCCGAAACGCAAGUAUGAGGUUAACGCGGCGGAUCUCGACUUUUGCAAGAAGCUGCGAGCGGAGGAGAUUGAGCUUCGCGAUCGCAAUACCGUGCUGCGCGUGGCGGGGACGGGCAAGGUUAACAACUUUGAGCAGUUUGUCAAGGGGGUCAUGAGCGACAAGAUCCGAGCACUGCGCAAGAGCUUUGACGGGCGCAGUGCUGCGCCUGCACCAUCAGCGGCGCCAGUUGAUGUGAACCGCGCACGCAAGCACAAGCAGUCGCAUCCCAUCAUUAUGAUCUCAUCCUCACCAACGUCGCUCAUCACAAUGUGGAACGUGAAGCAGUUCCUCGAGGAGGGCGUGUUCGAGUCGAGCGACGUAGCCCGCGCAAACGAGAUGCGCGAAGGCAACAUGCACGUGGCGGACAUUGUACGCGUCCUGCGCAAGCGACAGGGCCCGACCGGCGAGACGACGACAGAGUACCGCGUAGUGGACAGUGUCGACGGUCUGCAAAAGUGCGGACAGGACCCUUGGGACCGCGUGAUCUGUGUUGUCACCACGGGUCAGGCAUGGCAGUUCAAGCCGUACAAAUGGGUCGAUCCGCGGAUGCUCUUCCGGCACGUCAAGGGCAUCUACUUUCAGUGGCAUAAUGAGAGCGCCAACCCAGCCGUGCGGGACUGGAACGUGACUGAGAUGAGGAUCGACCGGAACCGCCGACACACGGACCGACAGGUGGUCGCCGAGUUCUGGCGCAACCUCGACACCUUCCGGCGCAGGUAA